AGCAGCAUGGCGGAGCCCGGGCAGCGGCCGCGCGGCCGCCCGCCGCCCCUCUGAGCCAGGCUCGGGGGCAACUGGGCGCCCCAGACCCGACCCCCGCGCCCCUGCGACCUCCACCGCACUUGUCCCACUGCGCACCCCCUGGAGCGCCGCGCACCCCUGGGACCCUUGCGCGCCCUGGGUGCCCAGCAUAACCCGAGACGCCGCGCACCCCGGGAUCUCGGUGCUGCCCUAGCAACCCCACGUGUCCCUGGACCCCAGCACAGCUCUGGGACCCCUGAGUGUCCCGGGACCUCCGCGCGCUCUCAGAGCCCCGACGCUCGGCCAACCGGGCUGCGAGCCCCGCCCCAGAGGGUCCCCCUCUUCAACAGACGGAGCCCCGCCCCAGAGGGACCCCCAGGUUCAACAGGGACAUCCAGCCACGCCCCAGAGGGCUCCCAGCAUCUCGCUGCUGGAGCCCCGCGCUCCAAAGGAUCCUCCUCCGUACUAGCUGGGGGCUACCCGCCUUGCUGAGGGGGCGCCGCCCAGGAGGGUCCCCCGCUCCCCGCGGGCCCCGGCAGGAUGCACGCCGCCCUGGCGGGGCCACUGCUCGCCGCUCUCCUCGCCACCACCCGCGCCCGCCCACAGCCCCCGGACGGAGGACAGUGCCGGCCGCCCGGAUCGCAGAGGGACCUGAACUCCUUCCUGUGGACAAUACGGCGCCAUCCCCCGGCCUACCUGUUUGGCACCAUCCACGUCCCUUAUACCCGCGUCUGGGACUUCAUCCCCGACAACUCCAAGGCAGCCUUCCAGGCCAGUGCCCGUGUCUACUUCGAGCUGGACCUGACAGACCCCUACACUGUCUCGGCGCUGGCCAGCUGCCAACUACUGCCACCUGGGGAGAACCUGCAGGAUGUGCUGCCCCAGGAACUCUACUGGCGCCUGAAGCGCCACCUAGACUAUGUGAAGUUGAUGAUGCCUUCCUGGAUGACGCCCGCACAGCGGGGAAAAGGGCUCUAUGCUGACUACCUGUUCAACGCUAUCGCAGGCAACUGGGAGCGCAAGAGGCCUGUGUGGGUGAUGCUCAUGGUAAACUCACUCACAGAGACGGACGUGCGCUCCCGCGGCGUGCCUGUGCUGGACCUCUACCUGGCCCAGCAGGCUGAGAAGAUGAAGAAGAGCACUGGUGCUGUGGAGCGAGUGGAGGAGCAGUGCCAUCCACUCAAUGGGCUCAACUUCUCUCAGGUGCUGUUUGCCCUGAACCAGACCCUGCUGCAGCACGAGAGUGUGCGGGCCGGGAGCCUGCAGGCGCCCUACACCACGGAGGACCUCAUCAAGCACUACAACUGUGGAGACCUCAAUGCUGUCAUCUUCAACCAUGACACAUCCCAGACAAUUGUGCUGCUUCUGUUCUUCUAUUUUGCUGCCAAAUCCGACCCCAUACCCCAGCCCAAAAAACUGCCCAACUUUAUCAACACCACCCUCCCACCACAUGAGCAGGUGACAGCCCAGGAGAUCGACAGCUACUUCCGCCAGGAGCUCAUCUACAAGAGGAACGAGCGCAUGGGGAAGAGGGUCAUGGCCUUGCUGCAGGAGAACGAGGACAAGAUCUGCUUCUUCGCUUUUGGAGCAGGUCACUUUCUGGGGAACAACACUGUCAUUGACGUCCUUCGGCAAGCAGGGCUGGAGGUGGACCACACACCUGCUGGGCAGGCCAUUGACAGCCCUCCUGCCAGGAGUUCAGCUCCCCCUCCUGAGGAGACUUCAGCCAGCCCAGCCCCAGCAACCCCAGCAGCUGCCAUCCCUGAAGCACCCUCAGUGACACCCACUGCCACACCUGAAGAAGAGGAUCCAGCACUGUCCCCACACCUCCUGCUCCCCGACAGCCUUAGCCAGCUGGAGGAGUUUGGGCGACAGAAGAAGUGGCACAAGAGGCAGAACAAGCACCAGCGGCCAAGGCAGUUCAACGACCUCUGGGUCCGCAUCGAGGACAGCACCACUGCCUCACCACCUCCACUGGCCCUCCAGCCCACCCCCAGCUCUGGGACCGCCAAGCCCCCCUUGCAGCUCUCCGACCAGCUCCAACAGCAGGACCCUCCAGGGCCCGCCAGCAGCUCAGCACCGACCCUGGGCCUCCUCGCUGCCGUGGCUGCCACCAUUGCCGCCCCCUUCCUGCUACACACUCUCGGGCCCUCCUGACCUUGGUCACCUCAUGCAGAGAAGCUAGAGAGUCCAAGUGAGAGCCUGCGGUCACCCCCACGGCCCACACCGCCACGUCCGGGAGCGCCACCACCUCAAGGGCAGUCCAGACAGGACCCUUUAGAACAGUAGAGCUUUAUUGUACCCAAGUUACAUCUUCUUUUUUGUAGAAGGUCUUAAUUUCCCAUAGUGCUAUGGGGCUCUUUUGUAAAAUAUGUGUCCAUAUUAAAAGAGAAAAAAUGUAUUUAUUCUACCGAUAAAACUAUUUUUAUGUGGCCUAUGUUAUAACCCCUGAAUUAGCCCUAACAUCAACCCAAAGAGGAAUCCAGGUUGCCAAGCCACUUGUGACCCGUGCUGAGCCUGGCUCUGAACUGGCUUGCUCCUGGAUCUCCAAACCUCCUGGGUCAGGCUUGGCUCCCCACCACGGGGACUGCCAAGGGUGGGACAGGCAGACGUGCUUAGCUUUUGUGAAGCUGGAUUUAGGAGGCAGAGGUGUGAAUGCUGCCUGUCUCCCCCUCCCUGGGAUGUAUCCCAGGCCUGGGAAGUUACAUUAGGAAAGAGAAUGCUGCUAUUAUCAACCCCUGCGCGUCUGUGAACUGGCCCUCCAGAGCGCUAGGUGAGUGUUUCAACCAAAGCGCAGGGGUGGGAUGGGAGAGGCGGUGCUGGGUGUCAAGAGAGGCAGCUCCCAGUCCCACAGAACGAAUAGUUACACUGAGAUUCAGAGAGAGCAAGGUGGGGCUGCCCCAGGUCACAGAGCAAGUGAGCAGGUAGCUCUAGGCCUCUGUUCCACUGCUGUCUCCAGCUGGGGUCAGAGGGGCUGUUGACGUCAGGCUGAGUGGAAUAAGCUGAGCCGAAGGACAGGAGUGGGCACAGAGGGCAGUUCUAGGGAGAGGGGCUGUAAGGGUCAUUGGUUACAGUGAUGACAAUGGCGAUGAGAACUGCUGCUUGUCCAGAGCCUGCAGUACUGGUGGGUACUUUGCACACUCGCUUCCUCAUGGCUCCUCACACCAGUGCUGUGAAGUAUAAUGAUCUCCAUUUCCCAGAUGGGGCAACUGAACCCCCCGAGGAGGCAAAGGGACUUGCCCAAGGUCACAUAGCUUCAGAUCAGUGUGACACCGAGUGCCUCUUGUGUUAGGGACCGUGUUCUGGCAUAUUUGCUCUGCCCAGGGAAGCUCCACGCACCCUGGGACCAGCUCCCCAGGCCAGCCAAAGGCACUGUUUGACCAGUGCUCCUGAUGGUCCCUGUAACCAAAGGGCUCUGGCAAUAGCAUGUACUAUUUGUCCAGUGCCCCAAUUUGUCCCAGUUGGAUCCAGAAGAGGUUUUCUUGCCAAAUCAGAGGGUAAGGUGGGGCACAGCCUUGGAGUCCCUAAGAGACAGCUACCAGCGCCAGGAGACGUGCAGCCAAGACUCAGCAUGACUUACCUGACCCCUCCCCUCCCUAGGGUGUUGGCUAAAGACCCAGGUGGGCCAGCCCAGCCCUGAACCUCAGCUGGGCUGUUGGCUCUGUAAUUACAUACAGAGCCCUAGAUCCUGAAAGCAGCAAAGACCUCUCACUUAUCAGAUCACAGAAACAGUAAGAGUAAUACUCAGGCUCAGAAAGGGAAACACUUCCCCAAGGCAGCACAGCUGGGCAUGCCAGCUGACCCCAGCCCAGUGCUUCUCUGCCUCACUGUACAUAGGUUUCCCUGGCAAGCUUGAUGACACCUGAAUGGCCCAAGUGCCAUUAUGCCUAGCAUGGCAUCUGCCUCUCCUGAAAUAGUAAAAUUCUGGGCAGCUUGUUGGAUGGUCAGAGGUCCACGGGAAUCCUGGCAGGCAGCUGAAUUCUUUCCAGCUCAGCCCCAAUGGACAAAUUUGAACGUAAGACCUGGCAGAAGCCUAAAUCUCUGCUUCAGAGGGUCCAGCCAGCCCCAUGGGCAUCAAAUUCUAAACUGAACUUGACCUCAGCCAGGGCUAUAGUCAGUUUAUCAUUGGCAAAAUGAAAGAAAGAGAAA